AAGGCCAUUGAUUUGUAUGUAUUUGUCCCAGCGCCGGAGGCUGCCCCAGCCGCCCGUGCAGGUGCCGCCGCUGCCAGUGGAGUUGCCUCCCUGCUUCCCUAGGGUGGUGCGGCUCCACCAAACAUGUCGGCUCCUGUCGGGCCCCGGGGCCGCCCGGCUCCCACCCAGGCGGGUUCGCAACCGCCGCCGCAGCCCGAGAUGCCCGACCUCAGCCACCUCACUGAGGAGGAGAGGAAAAUCAUCCUCGCUGUCAUGGAUCGGCAGAAGAAAGAAGAGGAGAAGGAGCAGUCCGUGCUCAAGGUCAAAGAAGAACCCAAAGCACAACCGACACAGUGGUUUCCUUUUAGUGGAAUCACUGAACUGGUAAAUAACGUUCUUCAGCCCCAGCAAAAACAGCAAAAUGAAAAGGAGCCCCAGACAAAACUGCAUCAGCAGUUUGAAAUGUACAAGGAGCAGGUAAAGAAGUUGGGAGAAGAAUCACAGCAACAGCAAGAACAGAAGGGUGAUGCUCCGACCUGCGGAAUCUGCCACAAAACAAAGUUUGCCGAUGGAUGUGGCCAUAACUGUUCUUAUUGCCAAACAAAGUUCUGUGCCCGUUGUGGAGGCCGAGUAUCAUUACGAUCAAACAAGGAGGACAAAGUGGUCAUGUGGGUAUGUAAUUUGUGCCGAAAACAACAAGAAAUCCUCACUAAAUCAGGAGCGUGGUUUUAUAACAGUGGGUCCAAUACAGCACAGCAAGCUGAGCAAAAGGCUCUUCGAGGAUCGCGAAGUGAGGAGGCGCCUCGGGAGAAGAAAGCAAAGCUGCAUGAGCAGGCCCAGUUCCAAGGACCCCCAGGUGACUUAUCUGUACCUGCAGUGGAGAAAAGUCGAUCUCAUGGGCUCACAAGACAGGAUUCUAUUAAAAAUGGGUCAGGAGUGAAGCACCAAAUUGCCAGUGACAUAGCUGCAGACAGGAAAAGAAGUCCAUCAGUGUCCAGAGAUCAGAAUAGACGAUACGACCAACGGGAAGAAAGAGAGGAAUAUUCACAGUAUGCCACUUCAGAAAGCGCAAUGCCUAGGUCUCCAUCAGAUUAUGCUGAUAGGCGAUCUCAACGUGAUCCUCAGUUUUAUGAAGAGUCUGAUCAUAUGAACUAUAGGGACUCCAACAGGAGAAGUCACAGGCAUUCCAAAGAGUAUAUUGUAGAUGAUGAAGAUGUGGAGAGUAGAGAUGAGUAUGAACGACAAAGGAGAGAAGAGGAAUACCAGGCACGCUACCGAAGUGAUCCAAAUUUGGCUCGCUAUCCAGUUAAGCCUCAACCUUAUGAAGAACAAAUGCGUAUCCAUGCCGAAGUGUCCCGAGCGCGGCAUGAGAGAAGGCAUAGUGAUGUCUCUUUGGCAAAUGCUGAACUGGAAGAUUCCAGAAUUUCUAUGCUAAGGAUGGAUCGACCGUCCAGGCCAAGAUCUAUAUCUGAACGUAGAGCUGCCAUGGAAAAUCAGAGAUCUUAUUCAAUGGAAAGAACUCGAGAAAUUCAGGGACCAAGUUCAUAUCCACAAAGGACCACAAACCAUAGUCCUCCCACACCACGGAGGAGUCCAAUCCCCAUGGAUCGACCGGACAUGAGGCGUACUGACUCACUGAGGAAGCAGCACCACUUGGAUCCCAGCUCUGCUGUACGGAAAACAAAACGGGAAAAAAUGGAAGCGAUGUUAAGGAAUGAUUCUCUGAGCUCUGACCAGUCAGAGUCAGUGAGACCUCCACCACCAAAACCUCAUAAAUCGAAGAAAGGAGGUAAAAUGCGACAGGUUUCUUUGAGCAGUUCAGAGGAGGAAUUGGCUUCCACGCCUGAAUACACGAGUUGUGAUGAUGUUGAGAUUGAAAGUGAGAGUGUAAGUGAAAAAGGGGACAGUCAAAAGGGAAAAAGAAAAACUAGUGAGCAGGCAGUUUUGUCGGACUCUAACACCAGGUCUGAGAGACAAAAGAAAAUGAUGUGCUUUGGUGGCCACUCUUUGGAAGAGGAUUUGGAAUGGUCUGAGCCUCAGAUUAAGGAUUCUGGGGUAGAUACCUGUAGUAGCACAACCCUUAACGAGGAGCAUAGCCGUAGUGAUAAGCACCCUGUGACCUGGCAGCCAUCUAAAGAUGGAGAUCGCUUGAUUGGCCGUAUUUUAUUACACAAACGUCUGAAAGAUGGAAGUGUACCUAGAGAUUCAGGAGCAAUGCUUGGCCUGAAGGUAGUAGGAGGGAAGAUGACUGAAUCAGGUCGCCUUUGUGCAUUCAUUACCAAAGUUAAAAAAGGAAGCUUAGCUGAUACUGUAGGACAUCUUAGACCAGGUGAUGAAGUUUUAGAAUGGAAUGGAAGGCUGUUGCAAGGAGCCACGUUUGAGGAAGUGUACAAUAUCAUUCUGGACUCCAAACCUGAACCACAAGUGGAACUUGUUGUUUCAAGGCCUAUUGGAGAUAUACCUAGAAUCCCGGAGAGCACGCAUGCCCAGCUGGAAUCCAGUUCUAGCUCCUUUGAAUCUCAAAAAAUGGAUCGUCCUUCAAUCUCUGUUACCUCUCCUAUGAGUCCUGGCAUGCUAAGGGAUGUCCCACAGUUCUUAUCUGGACAACUUUCAAUAAAACUAUGGUUUGACAAGGUUGGCCACCAACUCAUAGUUACAAUUUUGGGAGCAAAGGAUCUCCCUUCCAGGGAAGAUGGGCGGCCAAGGAAUCCUUACGUUAAAAUUUAUUUUCUUCCAGACAGAAGCGAUAAAAACAAGAGAAGAACUAAAACUGUGAAGAAAACAUUAGAACCUAAAUGGAAUCAAACAUUCAUUUAUUCUCCAGUUCACCGAAGAGAGUUUCGGGAACGAAUGCUUGAAAUAACCCUUUGGGAUCAAGCUCGAGUUCGAGAGGAAGAAAGUGAAUUCUUAGGAGAGAUUUUGAUUGAGUUAGAAACAGCAUUAUUAGAUGAUGAGCCACAUUGGUACAAACUUCAGACCCAUGAUGUGUCUUCAUUGCCACUUCCUCGCCCCUCUCCAUAUAUGCCUCGAAGACAGCCCCAUGGGGAAAGCCCAACGCGGAGGUUGCAAAGGUCAAAGAGAAUAAGUGACAGUGAAGUCUCUGACUAUGACUGUGAUGAUGGAAUUGGCGUUGUGUCAGAUUAUCGACACAAUGGUAGAGAUCUUCAGAGCUCAACAUUAUCAGUGCCAGAACAAGUGAUGUCAUCAAACCAUUGUUCACCAUCAGGAUCUCCUCACAGAGUAGAUGUUAUAGGAAGGACUAGAUCAUGGUCACCUAGUGUCCCUCCUCCACAAAGUCGGAAUGUGGAACAGGGACUUCGAGGGACCCGAACAACUACCGGACAUUAUAAUACAAUUAGCCGGAUGGAUAGACACCGUGUCAUGGAUGAUCACUACUCUCCAGACAGAGACAGGGAUUGCGAAGCAGCAAAUAGACAGCCAUAUCACAGAUCCAGAUCAACAGAACAACGGCCUCUCCUUGAGCGGACCGCCACCCGCUCCAGAUCCACUGAGCGUCCUGAUACAAACCUCAUGAGGUCGAUGCCUUCAUUAAUGACUGGAAGAUCUGCCCCUCCUUCACCUGCCUUAUCGAGGUCUCAUCCUCGUACUGGGUCUGUGCAAACAAGCCCAUCAAGUACUCCAGUGGCAGGACGCAGGGGCCGCCAGCUGCCGCAGCUGCCACCAAAGGGAACGCUGGAGAGAAGUAAGUUGGAUUCUACAAGCAGAAGAUAUGCAGGUGCUAUGGAUAUAGAGGAGAGAAAUCGCCAAAUGAAAAUUAACAAAUACAAACAGGUAGCCGGAUCAGAUCCCAGACUGGAACAAGAUUACCAUUCAAAGUAUCGAUCAGGAUGGGAUCCUCAUAGAGGGGCAGAUAACAUUUCCACUAAAUCUUCGGACAGUGAUGUAAGUGAUAUAUCUGCGGUUUCAAGGACUAGUAGUGCUUCUCAUUUCAGCAGCACAAGCUACAUGUCUGUCCAAUCGGAACGACCGAGAGGAAACAAGAAGAUCAGUGUCUUUACCUCCAAAAUGCAAAGCAGACAAAUGGGCAUGGCUGGGAAGAACAUGACCAAAAGCACCAGCAUCAGCGGAGACAUGUGCUCGCUGGAGAAGAACGAUGGCAGCCAAUCCGACACCGCCGUGGGCGCGUUGGGCACCAGUGGCAAAAAGCGGCGCUCUAGCAUCGGGGCCAAAAUGGUAGCUAUUGUUGGUCUGUCACGAAAAAGUCGCAGCGCUUCUCAGCUCAGCCAAACGGAAGCAGGUGGUAAAAAAUUACGGAGCACUGUCCAGAGAAGUACGGAGACAGGUCUGGCAGUGGAAAUGAGGAACUGGAUGACUCGACAAGCCAGCCGAGAAUCUACAGAUGGCAGCAUGAACAGCUACAGCUCGGAAGGAAAUCUGAUUUUCCCUGGUGUCCGCUUGGCCUCCGACAGCCAAUUCAGUGAUUUCCUGGAUGGCCUUGGGCCUGCUCAGCUGGUGGGACGCCAGACCCUGGCUACACCUGCAAUGGGUGACAUUCAGGUAGGCAUGAUGGACAAAAAGGGACAGUUGGAGGUGGAAAUCAUUCGGGCCCGUGGCCUUGUUGUAAAACCAGGUUCCAAGACACUGCCAGCACCAUACGUAAAGGUGUAUCUCUUAGAUAAUGGAGUCUGCAUAGCCAAAAAGAAAACAAAAGUGGCAAGAAAAACGCUGGAACCUCUUUAUCAGCAGCUGUUAUCUUUUGAAGAGAGUCCCCAAGGAAAAGUUUUACAGAUUAUUGUCUGGGGAGAUUAUGGUCGCAUGGAUCACAAAUCCUUCAUGGGAGUGGCUCAGAUACUUUUAGAUGAACUGGAACUAUCCAACAUGGUGAUUGGAUGGUUUAAACUUUUUCCACCUUCCUCUCUAGUAGAUCCAACAUUGGCCCCUCUGACAAGAAGAGCCUCCCAAUCAUCUCUGGAAAGUUCAACUGGACCUUCCUACUCUCGCUCAUAGCAGCUGUAAAACUGUUGUCACAGCAACCAGCGUUCCAAAAAAAAAAAAAAAAAUUCACAGGUCGCCAACCCUGGUAACACUGCAUGCUUAAUAUUGUGUCUUCUGAGCCUGUUUCUAGGGAUACGAAGCGAUCCUGUGUUCUCAGAGGAAGUCGCACACAUUGUGCCCUAACGAAGGCCCUCAGGUGAAGAACUAUCAGCUGUGGAGUUCAGUGACACUCAUUUUUGGUCCAAUCUGAAGCCAUGGAUUAAUCUCAAAGAAUCAGUCAGUUUCAUGCAACAAAAGCCCUUUUCAAUGGCACCUUUAUAUUUUUAUCUUACCUUUUUCUUCAUUUAUCUGACCCCAAAGCCCUGUUACGCCACAGACAUGGAGUUGUAUAACCAUUAAGCCAUGUUACAGAUCAAGGAGACAAGUUCUAGGAAGCAUCAGGUGAAAAGCCUAAGACCAAAGAACUGGUCAGGAGCAGGGCACAAGCCCCUCUCUGGAUGGUGAAGCAGGGUGGUCAGUCCAGAAGGGAGAGAGAGACCGACUGGGCAGCUCCAGUGGACACCUCCUUCACCAAUGCCAAGACACAUUGGACUCUGGAAACAAGAUCUGUGGCAACACUGGACUGAAUGAAAUUAAAGAAACUCUUUUUGCAUGGACACAGAUUAGCUGAAUACAUAAAUUAUUUUCUUGGGGCUGCAACUUGCAAAACAAGAAUAAAAAUCAGCCAUUUUCAACAAUUUAUAUUAUUUUUAAAAAUAAAUUUCACUAGUGCAUGGUUUUAAAGGGGGAGAGAAUGCAACAGGGUGAUACAAAGACAGACCAUGUUUAUUCUUUAAACUACGCAGUCUGUGUUUUGGCAGACAUUACAAACGAAAGUACUUUCUAAAAAAUACUGAAAAUUCUGUUUCUGUGACAAAUAAGUAUAAUAUACUCAAUUUAUUUCCAUGUUAAAUAUACAAAUCUUAUGAAGUUCAAUAUGUGCAAAUUUUUCACAUCUUCUUUCGUCUUCUCUGUCUCACUUUUCCUAUUGUCCCCUCUUUUACUCUUUUCUUUCUACUUACCAGAAUGAACCAUAUGCUAAAAGCUUACUAAGUUUUCAUCUGAUCCUCUCUUACACCCCAUGUUUCAUUCAGAACUAUCAGUGCUUCUGAAUUUAUAAAUUUCUCAAGGAAAAACAACUCUUUAAGAGCUUUCUUUAUUUCAAGCAUGUUGAAAAGGAUUUUGCAACAUGACUUGGGAGUACAUUAAAGUAAGUCAGCAUGUAUUCGACAAAGAAGAUAUUCGAACUUUUGCAAUUGUACAGUGCAUGGUAAUUUUUUUUCACCUUCAAAAUUCUGUUUACAGGAAAUUCCUAAAAUCAUGUGGCCAUUGUGAUGUCUAAUGAGUUUAUUUUUAGCACCAGCAUUAUUCAUACAGGGGUUAAAGUAUUAUUUAUAGAAGGUCGUAGGUUUUGUUUGUUUUUUAAUCAGUUAAAGCAAUUUCUUUAGCCAGUUUCCAUUUCCUAUGUGAAUAGAAACAAUGCUGAAAAUUUGGAGCCCCCAAACACAGGGCUGUUUAUUAAUUCAUUUUUCUGUAGUAAAAAUUCAAUUUUUCACAAAUUAUAUUUCUAAAGAAAUAUAGUAAGCAUAAAUUUGCAACAAUUUUAAAGCUCCAAUUUUUAGGUGACACAAAAAAGUCAGUAUGCCUAUUGAUAGUUCCUUGAUGCCAUCACCAAAAGUCUCCGAGAAAAAUCCCUUAAGUCACAACCCCUGCCUUUGCUUUCACAGACAUUGGGUGGUGCUGCAAGGUCAACUUUCUUCCCAGUUCCCCUAUUUGGAGGAAGAGUCACUGGUUAAUGUAAUAAGCCACCCAUAUUUUCUUGUUGUUAAUGCAUACUUUAAUUAUUCAUACAUUGUUAUGAAUUAAGUUCCUUGUAAUAAUUUUUGAAAUCCACAUACAUUCCGUUUCUUUUGAUUAAGGCCAUGCACAAAAUUUGUCUUCUUUGCUUUUAUUUUUUUGAUUCAGUGCUGACCAUUAAAAGUUGUUAUGCUUGAUAUGGUGCAAAAGUUAAAAAUGAGUAUCACUAAAAAUGCCUUCUCUUUACGUGGUGCAAUAUGAAAUACACCGAGCCUGUGUCUUGAUGUUUUGUGAUAUGCGAUGGACCCAGGUAAAAUUAUUAAAAGAAAGGAGAAAACUGUAUCGAAGUAAUUUAGACACCUGUGUACCAGCAGCAAUUGAUUUAAAUAGGCCUGUAAUGUCUACACUACCCCCUUAGAAUAAAGGUCAUCCAUUCUCCCGAUAGUAAGAUGCAGUCACAUUAUCUUUUGUGCAUAUUCCUAUACAAAUUAUUUCUAAUUUUAAUAAGAAGGACAUAACUGUGUGGAAUAUUUGUACAUACUUGUCAUUAUGCAGUAUUUAUUUAAAAGUUGGUGUAUUUUGUGUUUUUUUGUUUGUCUUUUUGAAUUUUCACAUGUCUGCACCUCAACUAUGAUUUAGUCAUGUAAAUAGCACCAUGCCAGUGACCAUUGCUGCCCUGUACAUAGUAUGUUUUCAAAGUAAAGGGAAUUUCAGUUGGGGGGGGAAAGAGGGAGGAUUAGUCCUGUAACCAACACACCAACUAAUGUAAAUCAAAUUCAUUCUGGUGAUGGUAUUAACACUUUAAAUAAAACAUUUUCUUUACAGACGCUGUGUGAAGUGCUUUCUCUGACUUCUCCCCUGCCACAGCUUAUCCUUGACCUCAUUUGUCGUUGAAAGACUACAAGAUCAUCCUUUCCUAACUCUGCAUAGGCUAUGGUUUUAGCCAAAAUUCCUCAGGAGAGCAUUGCUUUGAGGUCCCUGAAGCUCUCUGCUCACAUCAUUGAAAGAUGCUAGAUUUUUUG